GGAAUUUUCCGCAGCUUCUUCUGUCGACAGCGUGCUGGAUCAGCCUGUGCUUAAUGUUGAACAUUGUUGCCCACUUGAAGGCACUUCAUUCUUCGCACGAUGCAGACACCAUCUUCUUAAAGGUGACGUCGUCGGUGAGAAACCGCUGCUGAGGAAUGGCAGCUGCCUUGUCUGCGCUAACUCUCGAAAGAAUUGACAGUCUGAGCACGCCAAAACGCUUUUCGCGUAUCUUUGUCCUUGUCCUGUCACAUACUCAUACGUCGACUUUUUCGCCUCCACAGGGAGUUUUUUCAAAAUUCGCUGCGACGCAGUGUGAACCCUCACCACAAGACGGUCGACUAGCGACUGGCGGUGAUUUCCCGUCGGUCACCAUGUUGGUGAGGCGGAUGUGUGGCCUAUGAUCAAGAGACAUCCAUUGCUCAAAUGUGAAGCGUGCUUUGCAACAUUAUCGGGUGACUUCGACUAGUAAGGGUUGCUUCAACCUCCAUUUUCACCAGGUCCGACUUGUCGCCGUUGGCCUGUCCGUGACCAUCCUGGCAUAACAGUGCGUCGAAUCGAGAAGGCAGAACGCGGUCUCCCUGAGAGGCUUCUGCGGGCGCUCGACGCACAAACUACGGUCUGUGUAGCUUGAAACUUUUGCUGCGUCUCUCUCUCAUCCAAGAUGCGCGUCCUUUUCUGGGUCCUUCUUGCUGCCUCGAUUUCUCUGGCUCGGGGUGAACCUACCAAGGCAGGCGACGGCUCGGGAGCAAAGGGCAAGGUCAGCUCGGAGGAAAAGGGCAAGGCCAGCUCGGAGGAAAAGGGCAAGGCCAGCUCAGAUCGCUCCGCAUUCAACUACAUGUAUGAAUACAAAAAGGCUAGCGCAGCGUUCGUUGACAUGUGGAGGAUCUACAAUAGACUUGAUCUUGCCGUGCGCCACCUUCUGCGGGACUACAACGUGGCUGUAAAACAACAGAGAUACAGGGAACUAGUACAGCAACUGGUUAACCGCCAGCAGCAAUUGGAAGCUAUGGUGGAGCAGCACAGAAUGGGCGAACUCAGCCGGCACGUUCUCCGGGCAGAGUUGACCAGUCUGAAGGAGAUGAAGCAGCAGCUAGCCUUCGAAUAUCAUCAGCUGGAGCGCCUCCCGAGCGAGCAGCACCCCGAGAAGCUGCUGGAACUCAUUGAAUUAAACGAAGCGCCUGCAGACCUUGCGAGCGCGCUGCGGUCAGAAAAUUCCCACCUUCUGCGGAAGUCCCUGAAGGAAUGCUCCAAGCUCCUUGAGAAACUCGCGAAGAGGCAGGAAGAAGUCACAUUACACCUGAAAUCCUUGGAAUAUCAGGCGAAUUCCCCUAUUCACGAGAUGUUCGUCGCUCAAUCUGCUGCUAUGGGGAACUUCUUCGACCCUGAUGCGCCACUGAGCAUUCACAUGUCAGUUGGGAAGAGGAUGUAAAUGGGUGCGCUCUCGCUGAUGCGGGGCCUCUAUUUGGCUGACUACGCGAAGAGGCACGACCGGCGAUCUCGGUGCCUCAGCGUGGUGACGUACUCGGACGGGUAUGAGCUUUCCCCUUUCAGAGAUGCUCCCGCCGGGAAAAUUCAGUCUGCUGUUGGUCACAUAUCUUCGUGUGAGUCUAACUUCGAAUCGUUUUAUCUUUCCAGUGUGCGUUGGCUUCCUAGCAAAUCAAUGAGAACCCUUCGCAAACUCGCCUCCAUAAAAUAAAAUUUCUUAUGAGGAAAACCGAUAUGGGAGGUUUCUUGCUCUGUGCCCCCACGGUCUCUGCAUGAAGUCGCAGCCCACACUUCCAAAUAUUUUUGACCAUGAAGUGCGUAGGGGUUGAUGAAGGCUGCCGCCGAAGAGGUUCCGUGGACUGGUGCACGACAAGCGAGCCUAUAUCAUGUGCCGCUCAAUCGCUG